GCAUUAAGAUAUAAAGAGGAAUUUUUGUUUGGUAUGCAGUCAGUGCAUUGGCUGGUCUACUAGUUGAAGACCAAGAUGACGUUCUUCAAGAGCUUGAUUGCAGGGUGCUUAUUGGUGUUCACCCUCACAAGGGUUGAGGGUGUUGGUAAAGAUUUACCCUCCUACUUUCCGAAAUGUCAUCGAUCUGACCCCAAGCUGAACGAGUGUCUUCUGAAGGCUACCGACCAAGUCAGGCCCUAUCUCAUCAAGGGUGUCCCGGAACUGAACGUGCCCCCAAUCGAGCCCUUCACCCUCCCGGAAGUCACCCUGGAACAGGGCAGCAAUCUCCUUAAUUUCAAGGCGAAAUUGAACGACAUCGUUAUCACCGGUCUCUCUAACUACAAAUUCUCCCAAUUCGAUUUUGAUGUUCCCAAGCUUCAAUUCAACUGCAAAGCUUCGAUUUCCGAAUUGAAAUUGGCAGGAAAAUAUGACGUGAAGGGUACUGUCAUUGGCGCACCAAUUGUAGGAAAAGGAGACUUCACAGCAGGAAUAGGCGACUCCAACAUAACAGUCUUCCAAGCCAUCGAAAUAAUCAAGAAGAAAGGCGUCGAAUUCACCAAGCCCAUUUUCACCAACAGCACAAUAUCAGUAGGCCAGCCCAAAGCCCAACUCUACGGUUUAUUUGAUAAUAACGAACAACUGACAAAGGCUACCAACGAAGUGAUCCAGGACAAUGUGGACAAACUGUUCGAGGACCUUAGGCCAGUCAUAGAGAAGGUCAUAACCAGUCUCAUAGAGGACCUGAUUUUCAGGGUAUUGGCCAACAAUGUUCCAUACGACAAACUUUACCCGAAAUAAUUGUAGAGAUAGAAAUGCAAACAGUUCAGUCGAAAUUCAGGUCAAUGAGAUUGUGAUUAAUGCAGUAUUUACAAAGGAAUUGAUAUAGCUAAUUGUGAUUUUAAAUUCAUUUACAUCGUGCAUGUUAUGUAGAUAUUCCAUAUACAUUAAAAUAAACAUACGUUAAAUUA